GACCAGGGUCGGACUGACCAUUUGGAAACUCAGGCACUGCCCGAGGGCCCGGGGUCAGUAGGGGACCCCUUGAGAUGCCCCUGGUACCUUUUUCAUAGGCUUUUUUGAGUUUGGGCAAGGACACAGGGGCCCCAUGAUCCCCUAUUGCCCGGGGGCCCCAUGAGUUGUCAGUCCGCCCCUGAUGCUACCUAUCUAUCAGUGCCCAUUAGUGUUGCCUAUCAGCGCUGCCUAUCAGUGCCCAUCAGUAAUGCCUAUCUGUGC